AUGGAUGGGUUUGCGAAGGAGGAACGGCCAACCAAUCUGGAGAAGUCUGUUUCUACUAGCUGGGAACAGGAUAGGCAACAGGACACGCUAAGGGAGACGAAGGUGUCGCAGAAGUGGUCGAUUAGGUUGUCUAUAAGGAAUUUACUGGUUCUUCUUUUCAUUGCCGUGGUUUUGAGGCGCACGAAGUCGGAUGUUCUAGGAGGAAUGUCACCGUUCGGUAGCGUUCUUAUCGGCGUAGCAGCCGCUGGAGACGUUAUAGAUAGUAAGGGAGUUAUAGAUAAUAUAGAAGUGACAUCCAUUAACAUUGAUAGCUCUGUUACCGGUCUUGCCGCUUCUAUCCUUCGUGGGUCUAGUAAUGAGGCGGAUAGUAAAGCUGAUGAAGAUAGCAAACGGGAUGAAGCGGAUAUAAAAGGAGAUAUGCAUAUUGAAGGUGAGGUGAAGAGUGAAGGCUAUGAAGAUAGUGAACAACAUAAGGAGAGUGAAGGCGGCACGGAUAAUACAGGUGAAGUGAAUAGUAAAGACCAUAGCGAUAGUGUCGUCGAUAAGAUCCGUAGCACCAACUUUACAUCCAUCCUUUUAAUAAUUUGUAUUCAUCAUUGGCGUAUUAAAGAAACAGCUACUAACGACGAUACAGCCAGUAAUGGAGAUACGGCUAUUAAAGCAGAUGCCGAUCGUAUGAAGCUCAUAAUGGAUCGUAUGGAGCGUACCUUGGACCGUAUGAAGCCCGUCAACGAUGUUAUUGAACGUUUCAUCUAUUAUGCCGAUACAGAUAUUGAAGAGGAUACGUAUUUUGAAGAAUGUAGAGAUGGUAUUGUCGAUAGUAUGAUGCGUCUCAACAAACGUAUGGGGCAUAUCAUCAAACGUAUUGAUAGUAUGGAGCGUAUCAUCAAUCAUAUCAAGCCUAUCAGCGAUAGUGUAGAGCCAAUCAUAGAUCGUAUGGAGCAUAUCAAGAAUCGUAUGGAACCUAUAAUGGAUCGUGUGGGGCUUAUCAACUGUAGAUUUUAUCGUAUGAAACGUGUGAACAGACGUAUCCAGUCUAUCAUUGAUAGUAUCGAGCCCGUCAUCAAUCAUAUCGAGCCUAUCAACCACAUUAUGGAUCGUAUCAUCGAUCGUAUGGAUUAUAUCAUCGAUUGUAUCGAUACUGUAAGGGAUCGUGCGGAGCCCAUCAACUAUAUUGUGGAUCGUAUUGAGCAUAUCAUCAAACGUAUUGAACCGAUCAUGGAGCGUAUCAACGAUGGUAUCAAGUCUAUCAUUGAUAGUAUCGAGCCCUCCAUCGACAGGAUCGAACAUCUUAUCGAUGGUGCAGAUCCUAGGCGCCGCAACGCAGUGGAUAGUCAAGGCCAUAAGAAUACUGCAGGCGAUACAGAUAUUAACCGCAAUACAGAUAUUCAAGGUGUUACGAAUACGGAAGGAGAUGGUAAUUAA